GGGACUCCUCGCCUUGUCUUGGGCUCAAAUGAGCUGUUUGCUGUUGUAGGGAAACAUUAGUCCUCUACCAACCAGCCAGCCGGGGGAAGACACAUCUCAACUUUUUUCCUGUAUGUGGUCGGGGUUUCUACACUUUGGAGGCGCCCCAGACAGAGGAGAAAAAGUCCAUUAAUUAUUUUUCCUUUAUUUAUACUUUUCUUUUAGUUGUUAGUCUUUUUUUUUAAAUAAGUUAUAAGAUAUCGCAAAGGAGGUGGGAGAAGUAGACAUGCCUCAGCUCAGCAGCGGCGGCGGGGACGACAUGGGAGCGAAUGAUGAGAUGAUAGCGUUCAAAGACGAAGGAGAGCAAGAGGAGAAAAUCCAAGAAAACGCGUUCACGGAGAGAGACCUGGCCGACCUCAAGUCCUCUCUGGUGAACGAGUCGGAAAUAAAUCAAAGUCCGAACCCAGCGGCGGUAAGACGGGGACAGCAGGGCGAGCACAGGGGCUUCCCAGAAAAACACCGGGAGCAUCUCGACGGAGUGUCGAAGCACCAAGAUGGAGGCAUGUACAAGACGUCGGGGUAUCCGGGGUACCCGUUCCUGAUGCUGCCUGACCCCUACCUCCCCAACAGCUCCGUCUCUCCAUCUUCCAACAAAGUGUCGGUGGUGCAGCAGUCUCACGGGAUGCACCCGCUGACGUCCCUCCUGCCCUACAGCAAUGAGCACUUCAGCCCCAGUCCUCCACACCUGCCCACAGACAUGAGCCAGAAGACAGGAAUUCACCGGCACCAGUCCCAGGACCUCUCAGGGUACUACUCCCUCCCUCCAGGUGGCGUCGGCCAGAUCACUCCCUCCAUGGGAUGGCAGAGCCAGCCAGUCUAUCCUGCCCUGUCCCCCUGUGGAUACAGGCAGCCCUACUCCUCCAACCUCUCCAGCGUCGCCUCCUACUCCAGGUAUCGUAGCCUGCUGGUCGGACCGAGCCAGAUCGAGCCAAGAAAGUUCCCUCACUCCCUGAUGAUGGGCCCAUCAGGCAUGCACCCUACAGGGAUCCCCCACCCAGCUAUAGUGCCCCCUACAGGCAAACAGGAGCACGAUCAGUAUGACAGAGGCAUGUACAUGAAGCCGCAUGUGGAGGCCAAGCGGGAGAAGGAGCCCAAGAAGCCGGUCAUCAAGAAACCCCUGAACGCCUUCAUGCUCUACAUGAAGGAGAUGAGGGCGAAGGUCAUCGCCGAGUGCACAUUAAAGGAGAGCGCCGCCAUCAACCAGAUCCUGGGACGAAGGUGGCACGCACUGACCCGGGAGGAGCAGGCCAAGUACUACGAGUUGGCCAGGAAAGAGAGACAACUCCACAUGCAGCUCUACCCCACCUGGUCCGCCAGAGACAACUACGGCAAAAAGAAGAGGAGAAAAAGGGAGAAGCUGCAGGACUCCAAUACAGACCCGGGCUCUCCUAAGAAAUGCCGGGCUCGCUUCGGCCUCAACCAACAAACGGACUGGUGCGGUCCUUGCAGGAGGAAAAAGAAGUGCAUUCGCUACCUUCAAGGAGGAGGCUGUCCCAGUCCAACUUCUUCAGAUCUAAGUGCUAUAGACUCUCCCCCCUCCCCUUCCCCCGCCCGCCACCGCCUGUACCAGCACCAGCUCCCCCCCUCCCCGGGCUGCUCCCCACCGCCCACAUCUCCAUCAACACACCUCCCCUUGUCUCCGCCAACACACACGCGCUCACACACGCGCUUACCGCUGCAGCAGUCUGCCGGCAAGCGCGCCGACCUCCGUCAGCCCGCAACCAAACACACCUACACACACCUGGAACUGACCGGCAAGCAGACGCACGGCUCGACGACGACGCUGCUGUCGGCCGCCAAGGCCGCAGGACUUUCUCUCAAAGUGCUAACAGAGUCUCAGUGAUCACAUCCCUGAGCCAUGAAGAUCAUCUUCCUCACCUGACCUCAUUCUCACAUUUAUCUUUACCCUGUGCUCCUUUUUGUUUGAGUCAAACAAAAGAAGGAGGGACUGAGGGUGGCAGGGUGGUGCAGUGAAGACGAGGGGGCCAUCCUUCAGCCCCAGAGGCUCUCAGAGGCCCGUUCUUUCUUAAAGACUCCUUAAAAUGGUCAAUUAUUGAAUCCAGCAUUCAGACAAUCUGAAAGUGUGGAAGUAUUUGGCCGACGUGUGGUUCAACAAUCACUGGUGUACUUUGUACCAGCCUGGACAUGUUAAUAAGGUUUACCAUUAACCACAUCAUACUGUAAAGUUGUGACUUCCUGGUCAUAAACUAAAUUGUUUUAAAAGUUGACAAGGAAGUGAAGCCUCUGGCUUUUGAGCCACAUUGUUGGGAGGAUCGAACCUCCGCCGGUCACCAGGAGCUCCAGUCGUAGAGGCCGACCUGCACUGGAGGCAGAAUUAAUCUUUGCUUCUUUGGCUCCAUCUGCUGCAGUUCAACUCAACUAAAGCCAUUUAGUUUUGCCUCGAGGACAAGCUCUGCCUCUUGAAUCAAUUUUACUAAUCAAACUCCCAAACCUCUUUUCACAAAGCUGGCCCGCUGCAUUGACCUCCAUGACGAUCACAAACAAACCGUUUUGUAAAAGAGCUCUUUGUUAAAUGCACCACAUUAACACAGACUCUUCUUCAGUGGUGUUACACACUUACCUAGCAAUCCAAGCUUUGACACAUUAUCCACCACUAUCACUCAGACCAGAGGGGAGCAGAGACAAACAUCCCGCCUGACCAGCAGAACCUCAGCUCUAAAGAGAGGAACACCUUCACUUAUUUUUAGCUGCCAUUUUGUUAACUUUGACUUCAGAUUCCAUUUCCAAACGUUUUUCCAGCUACCUGUGCAGCCCGCAGACAAAGAAAGAAACACUUCUCCUGCAGGUAAAAGGGUUUCAUACACGAGUAUCCAACUGCAAGUUACAUUAUUUCUUUUAGGCACUUUCAGUCUCUCACUAUAUCACCCGUUACAUUUUUUUUCUCCUAAUUUUGGGGUAUUUUUGUAUGAAUUUGAUCUUUAAAAAGGUCGGAUGUUGUGCUGGUGGGGAAACCCUCAGAGAAAGACGAGAGGGAUCCUUUUCUCUUGGCUGUUUUCCUUUGACUGAAUAUUUUUGCAGCUCCAUAAACUAAUCUGAGACCAAAUGGGUACUAUUAUAUUGUGUUGUAAAGUUUUAUAAAUGUUGGAAUUCCCUAUUAUAAUUAAACUUUUAUAUGUUUUUAUGUAAAAAAAAAGAGAAAAUUACAUAACAAAAAAAAAAAAAGAUUCUAGUUUCUACCAUUUCUUAAAGCAAUACAUUUUGUGUUUGUCCUCGUGUGCAGAAUUAUACUUUUGUUUUGUCAAGUGUUACUGCAGCAGCGUUCAAAUGAUAUCUUGUGUUCUCAUUCUGUGCAUGUUCCGACUUCAAUGUAACAAAAAAUUGAUUUUGACUAAAGGCUUUAACUUACCGUUCUGCUUGCAGCUUCACACUCGGCUUACAACGCUGAGGACAAACUGUAAACUGAGCUUCUGUACAGCAAAACCGUUUCCCUCCAGCAGAGAGAGCUCUUGUGCUAGAAAUAGCUUGUUUUAUUUUGAGUAGUGGGAACACCUCGAAGAUGUCUUUUGUAUUUUUUACGCCUCUGAUGUAUUACUUGUUUUUGUUUGAUGUAUUAAAGUGUUUUGAAUAUUUCA